AUGAGCGCGUCCACGUUUGAAGGGAUGAAGCUCACUUUCGGCGCUCUGGUGAUCGCAGCCGGCGUCUGCGGCAUUCUGAGUUUCGCUUUUUUGGCGACUUCCCUCGGCACCGAAUAUUGGUACAUCAUCGAGAUGAAUCCUUUGAAUAUGAGCGACUUCGAGGACUUGAGCUCCCACUCGGGACUCUGGAGCAUCCACGAAGAUGGGAAGAUGAACACGGACGCUAUUGACUCUUUCACAGCGGACUCCUCCAGGUACUCUGAGAUCGAGCUGCACAUGCUGAGCAUGCACCGUGCAAUAGUGGUGGUGCUUCCCUUCAGCCUGGUCCUGUUGCUGUUUGGUGGGAUCUGUGGCUUGGUCAGCUCCAUGGCUCGGAGCCCGGUCCUCCUCACCCGCACGGCCUGCUACUUCUUCAUCUGCAGUCUGCUGACCCUGUGUGGCGUGAGUCUCUACAUCAUCUACUCGUACCAAGCCCUGGCUGAGACGGAGAGGGUGGUGGGGCCGGAGGGUCUGGCCUAUAUUCACACCUCCUUCGGCUGGUCUCUGGGUCUGGCCUGUCUCUCUUACGGCCUGGAGCUCCUCACCGGCGUCUUGCUGCUCGUGGCUGCACGAAUGGCCAAGCUGACAACCUGA